CACGUAUCCACAUCAAACACCCUAAACCCUUACAUAACUUCACUUGCUCCGAUGGCACAGCCCCUCGGUUCGGGACUUGGCGGCUUCGCUACCCAACGUACCCCGUUCGGCAUCCAAGAACUAUUAGGUCUUGACAACCACAGACAGUAUCCACCGUCUUCUAACCGACACACAUCGGUUAGUCUGACUGCACCAACACCGGUAACUGGAUCAGCGUGUCCCACAUUUCAACCCAGAGGUUUUGGCACCCAGCCCAGUUCGGCACAAUGUUUCCCAGACCCGAGCCGUAUGUACUUAGGGUCAACUGCUUUCAUUCCCAGUGUCACUGGAAUCCACGGGAUGACGAGGAUGCCAGGAAUGUCGACUGUCUCAAAUUGUAUGCCUAUGUUGACCCUUGAUCAACCGACAACAGUGACCCGCCAACAUGGAACAACAGAUUUCCUUUGGCAGUAUGACCGUUUUUCCUCCUCUUGUAGUUUUCAUGAAGCAGAAGAACAGCAGAGUGGUGUUUCUCCUGAUGUGCAGAGUUAUGGAAGUAGUAAUGAAGAUAUCUUCGGGGUAAACAAGAAGAAGAAGAAAAAACGAAGACACAGGACUAUCUUUACAAGCUCUCAGCUGGAUGAACUAGAAAAUGCUUUCAAAGAGGCUCAUUACCCGGAUGUAUACGCCAGAGAAAUGUUGUCUUUAAAAACUGACCUGGCAGAGGAUCGGAUACAGGUUUGGUUUCAAAACCGACGAGCGAAGUGGCGCAAGACCGAGAAGUGCUGGGGCAAAAGCACCAUCAUGGCUGAAUAUGGACUAUACGGGGCAAUGGUUAGACAUUCUCUUCCUCUUCCAGACAGCAUUACGAAGAAAAGUGAAGAAGGAGAGCUUUCCUGUGCUCCUUGGUUGUUAGUGUUCAACCAUCACGAAGACCGCAACUUAGGCCUAACACUGACGUCUUCUGGUCAUCUGUCGCAAACAGGCAUGUACCAGAAGUCCCAGGAAGCAGCGGAAAAACUGAAGGACUCGGACAGUAGUAUGGACAACAACGAACAAGAGGAGAAGGGCAUUGAGACUACAACUGAAGAAGCACGAUCAAAGCAGGCUGUAGCAGGCUCUUGUGAAGAACCUUCAACACUAGUGAGUAUGUCUAUUAAACACAACAGUUCUUCUAACCCAGUAUCUAAUAGGGAGGAAUUGAGAUGUAACAGCAUAGACACCUUGGGGCUCAGGGCUAAGGCUCUACAGUUCAGUACCAAGAUGUUUCACGUGAUAGAAGAGCAAAUGGAGAAUAAUAAGCCAGGGGACUCGAACCAACCAGCGGGACAAGACAUGGCGUAUCAUGAGAUAAGGGACCCGAACCAGCCGUUUGGACAUAACAUGGCACAAUAUCGACGUACAUCACCUGCUCCGAGUACUACCUCAAAAUCAUCUCUUCAAUCGGUAACAUCUCUGUUUCAAUGA